AUGCUGGCUCGCACCACCCGCGCCAGCUUUGCUGCAGCUUCGAAACGACCAUACAUCUAUCACUCAUGUACCAAGCAAGCAAGACGCUCGGAAUUGGGUGCUGCGCACCUUACAUCGCACACGACACGAUACCUCCAGACUGAGACGUCAACAUCUUUCCGCAAGACGUUGAAAGAUGCUGCAAAGGAGCAGAAGAAGGUGAAAAAGAAGAAUAAGGGUCAAUCUGACAAAACGUUAGACCCGAUCACUUUGAACAAACAUGCACGAACGGAAAAAUGGGAAUUGACUGUAGGAAUUGAAGUACAUGCCGAACUCAACACUGCACGGAAGCUGUUCUCCAAGGCGACUACGUCGGUGGGUGACGCACCAAAUACUCACGCCGCUCUCUUUGAUGUCGCCUUUCCCGGUUCCCAGCCCAUCUUCCAGCUGGACACUCUCGUACCCGCCUUGCGAGCCGCCUUAGCCUUCCAGUGCGAGAUACCUCCCCGGAGCAGCUUCGAUCGAAAACACUACUUUUACCAAGAUCAGCCCAAUGGCUACCAGAUCACACAAUACUACGAGCCUUUUGCGAAGAAUGGAAGGCUCGUUCUCUAUCCCUAUGACUUCCCUCCCGACAAAACCCCACAACACACCCCUAAGUAUAUUGGCAUCAAGCAAAUACAGAUGGAGCAGGACACCGCCAAAACCAUACAGCAACCACCUUCGACGCACCUACUCGACUUCAACCGUGUCUCGCACCCUCUGAUUGAGAUCAUCACGAUGCCCGAGAUUCAUGACCCUAUCGUUGCUGCUGCCACUGCGCGCAAGAUACAAAUGAUACUCAAGGCUGUCAAUGCCUGUACAACUGGCCAGCGAACCGAGAUCAAAAACCUAUCAAGUUUCAAAGCUGUUGAAGACGCGAUCAUCGCAGAGCGCGACCGCCAGAUCGACAUCCUCGAGAGUGGAGGCAUCAUCGAAGGUGAGACCCGUGGGUGGACUCUUGGAAGCACGACAACGAAGCGCUUGAGGAGCAAAGAGGGAGAGAUUGACUACCGUUACAUGCCAGACCCAGACAUUGCUCCCAUCAUCGUAUCAGACGCAAACGACGGCGAGCGUAUGGAGUAUUUCCUGGCCACGAUCACGAAGCUUUCAGAAGAAUGGGGAGACGAAGCGAGUAAAACCAAGUCAAGGCUGGGGAAAAUGGUGGGGGACUGGGUACUAAUGGAACUGGGCUCAAUGUUCAAACAACUACCAUGGGACGCUAACCGUGUUCCACCCAACUAUCUUGCCGACGUCAUUUCGCACGUUUACCGCAAAGUUAUUACAUCACCCACCGGCAAACGCUUGCUCGCAAUGAAGUUCGAAGGUGAUGAACGCAGCGUUGCUGAAAUUGUCAAAGAGGAAAAUCUGGCACUGCACCCCCUGAGCGAGGAAGAGUACAGGGAGAUGGCGCAGACGCUACUGGAGAGGAACCCCGAAAUGGUGAUGGAUAUCAUCAGAAAAGGUCAGACUAAGAAGAUAUCCUGGUUCGUAGGACAGAUGAUGGCGGAGGCGCCCAAGGGAAGUAUGGAGCCCAACAAAGCCAAGGAGGUGCUGGAAGCGUUGCUGGGCCUUGAUGGAAAAGUUUACUAA